UGGUAUAAAUUCAAAAUUUAAAAUUGAUUGAGAAAUAAUUGAAAAAACGUUGGCUGAAGACUUAUUUGAUAUUUGAUUCUUGGAUUAUGUCAUUGGAAUUUUUCUUUGUUGGUACCUUUCUAAAAGCGAUUAGCAAUGGAUUUCUACGAUAUUGACUUAAGAAAUAUGCUCGUGAAUAGAAUAGUGAAAUCCGAUCAAAACAAAAACUAUGAUGAAAUGAUAGUAGCUGUUAAAAAUUUGAUAGGUUGUGAUCCAGAAUUUAGUAAUGAUGAACUUUACUGGCUGUCUUUGGCAUAUAAAUCCGUUAUUAAUAAGCGCCGUAAUUCCUUGAAUAAAGCUAAAAAAUUACUUAACGGUGAGAAACAGCUAGGUAAUAUUGGUAAUAUUAAAAAAGCGGAAAGUCUAUGUAAUCAAAUUAAGACCGAAAUUCGUUUACACUGCCUGGAAAUACUUAGAUUAUUGGACACAAAAUUAUUACCAAAUGCCGUCACAGAAGAAGCGAAAGUUAUUUGUUUAAAGUUGAAAGGUGACUUUCAUCGCUACUUAAUGGAAUUUGAAAAGGGCACGAACCUUGAAUUAUCUAAACAGAACGCUUAUUGCUCAUAUUCAUCUGCUCAAAAAUUAGCUUCGAAGAAAUUGACAAUUACUAAUCCAAUCCGACUGGCUUUGAUGAUUAACCACUCUCUGUUCGAACACGACUUUCUACAAAAUCACGAAUACGCCUGUUGCAUUGCGAAAAAAGCACAUGAUAAAGCACUUGAAGAGAUAAACAAACAAGGCGACGAUACACAAACCAAGGACGCGGUGGCAAUUCUUCAGCUUUUACUUUUUAAUUUGUUGUUAUGGGAAGAUGCUUCCGAAGAACAAGAAAAAAGCGCUGAUGGCAAAUCUGCUGCAUUAAAGAAAAAAACUUAGACAUCUCGCCCGAUAUCACAAUGAUCAGCACAUGCCAAAGCUUUCGCAGAAAUGAUUAACUGGAGUCAAUAAAGUAAAAAAUAGAUUAACUUCUUAUCUUCAUUGGAUGAAUUAUUAACUGAAAAAAUGUAUGCAGUGGAAGAAAAGACAUUGUGAUAUAUUAUAGUCCAGAGAAAAGAUUUGUUGACGCUAUGAAGCUCGAAGCAGAAUUAAAAAAUACAUACAUGCUCAGGAUUGGUCAACUCCAUAAAAUUUAUAUAUUCAGCGUUUACACCACCUAAGCACUACAGUUUAUGCCGAAAUAUCGUAAGUGCACUCAAUCAUUAAAUAGUGACUCUUUAUAAUUUAACAAUAAUAAAAUUCUAUA